UUGGUGUAUAUAGAACAUGAACUUAUAACCUGUUUUGUUUUUGCUCAGCGCAUCAUCGCGCUCGAAUGAGAAUUUUGUGAAUAAUAUUCCUUCAAUGAAAAAAAUACUCAAUACUUGACUCCACAUACUCUCGAUCGACCAACUAUGAAAGCCUUUCCAUCCCUUGUUCUACUAUUCUGUUUGGUAGGACUUGGAACAUCAGAGGCAGUUACAGCUUCUCCAACACCAAAUCCAGAAUGUCCUGGUAUGCACAGAAUUGCUAAAAAUCUAGAGAAAGGAGUUCAGUUAUACACGAGGGAAACUACCAUCUGUAGUGUGAAUAAUGCUUGCACUGGUUUAAUGUGCAAUGGUACUCACAAAAAAAAUGAUUUCUACAUGAAGAUGGAACUUAACCACUGCAAGACACCGCCAUCUAUCAAUCUUGACAUGAUAUACGUCAACCAUAUCAAAUACCAUGGGGAACUGAAACCUGGCAAUACAAAAGUCAGCUCAGGGGGACUCAUGCCAAUAGAAUUAAAGCUGACUUUGAAAAAGAACAGGAAUAGAAUAACUGCAGGGCUUGAUGUUCAACUUUGUACAGUAGGAAUACAUGUAUGUAAAACGGUUGCUGAACUACUUCCACCAACAACAUUCUGUCUCAACAUGAAGACAUGUGCAGGGUACAACUCAACUGGUGAUAUCCCAUGUCAUAUAAACCCAACUGGUAACCCAGCAAGUUCUACACACACAUCAUCAG